GCAGCAAUUCACUGUUACUGGGCUACGUUCGCAUCUUGCAAAACUUCUUCUAUUCAACUAAUAAUUUCACAAUGCCUAAAGCCAAGACUGCUAAAAAGGCUACCACUGGAGCGUGUCCUUCCAAAUUUCUUCUACGAAGAGCACUUUUGAGAGGACAGCCGACCCCUAGCUCCACGUUAUUUCACGCUUUUUUCUGCUACUUCUAUACUCUACUUGCAAGCGUUUACUAUAGCGCGACUACUGAGUUGCCAAAAGUCAAAGCCGAAAACCCAAAUCUCGAACAUAAGGCGGCUUUCAAGCUUGUCGCAGAACGGUGGAAGAAUAGUUCCGAAAACCCUAAA